CAAACCUUUAAAUUUCAUUUACUUCAAUAUUUGAGCACACAUGGUCAAUUAUUUAAACAAUUUUAAGCUAUUAUAAACAAAACGAAUGAAAUUAACUCACUUUUGUGAGGCAUCUGCUGAGUAGACCUCCGCGCAGGAUAUGUCUCACGAAUGUAUGAGGUGAAAGAAACCCAACGACAACACAUACCUCAAUACAAAAAGUUUGAGAAGAAAUGAGUAUCAGCUUAGCUUCUAGAGGAAGGAAAAUAAAAUCCUUACCUAAAAAUCUUGAGUUUCCUUUAGAUGGUUCAAUUGACCAACUGAAGGAAGAGAUUUCUCAAAGAACCCGACUACCCAUUGAACGGUUGAGAUUGAGUACAGUUGAUGGUACAGUGCUUGUUCCAGGAAAAACACUUCGAAAGUUUGGAAUCGGCACUGGAACGACCAUAUGGGUGAAAGAUCUGGGACCCCAAAUUGGUUGGAGGACAGUCUAUGUUAUUGAAUACUUGGGUCCCUUAAUUAUUCAUACUCUUUUCCUUUUGAAUCUAAAGCUUAUAUAUCGACAAGAAUUCAGCUUAUCGUUAAAUCAAAAGGUUGCUUUUAUAAUGAUUAUUUUGCAUUUCUUGAAGCGUGAAUAUGAAAGCAUAUACGUUCAUCGCUUUUCUUCUGCAACUAUGCCAUUCCGAAAUAUUUUUAAGAAUUGCUUUCAUUACCACGUUCUUUCUGGUUUACUUCUUGCCUUUUUCAUCUACGGGCCAUGGCAUUCCCAAGAUUACAUUUGUCCUAAACUAUUUACCUUCUAUACUAUUGGUUGGACCGUGUCUUUAUUAUCGAAUUUGAAAAUUCAUUUGGAGCUUCGAAAUUUGCGACCUGAGGGUUCUUCCAAACGUGCCAUACCUUAUGGAUUUGGUUUCAACUGGGUUUCCUGCCCCAAUUAUUUCUUUGAAUCCCUUGAAUGGUUAUUUUUUGCUCUGAUUACUAAAUCUUGGGCUUCUUGGCUGUUCUUGGCCGUUGGAUUUGUACAAAUGUUGGUGUGGGCUCAAAAGAAACAUCAACGUUAUAUCAAAGAGUUUCCCAAUUAUCCCAAGUCUCGUAAAGCUAUUAUCCCUUAUUUCAUGUGAGUAUUAAGACACACAUUCUGUUUUAUUCCAAUCGAUCUUUCCGCCCUUUGCCUAUAUUCAUUUCUGUAUAGUGUUCAUUCAUGGGUUAUUAAAGACGUUAGAGGUUUCACUUUCUCACUCAUUCGAUUUGUUUCAGUCUUCCCAUUAAAUCUCACACUGCCAACCUUACAAGUAUAAGUACAAGUACUUGUUCAUACAACGAUAACAUCCACAUUGUGAAACUAAUUAUACAGUAUAGCUUCUGAUAUUAUUCCAACUUUUUACCAAACGGAAGGUUCAAAGUCAAUAUAAACAAACGUAAAUAAACACUACUUUUACACUUAGAUAUGACGGUUCCUCAAGCUUUGCUUAUUGGAAGGUUUAGUUUUUAAAAAGAAAAAAGAAAUGUUUGAAUGAUGUAUUUCAGGAGUUGUUUUAUUCAAUGAACAAUGAAUAUCCCCUUUUUUUUGCAGAUCUGUUUGUUUACUAAAUUGGUCUUUGUUUACAUUUGAAAUUACUAUAAAUUGUAGGAUAACCCGAUACUAUUCCUGUGUCCGUGCCUGC